CCUCAGCGCCGCCGCUGCCAUGGCCGGUGGUCGCCGCUCGCCGCCCGCUCCGUGCUGCCCGGGCCGGGCGGCGAUGCCCUCUCCGUGCUGCCAGGGCCGCGUGGCCGUGCCCAGCGUGCACCAGAGCCUGUCCGAGAUGGACUUCGAGCGGGGGAUCUGGGCGGCGGCGCGGGACGGGGACGAGGCGCGGGUGCUGCAGCUGCUGGAGCGGCGAGGGGACCCCGCGGAGCCCGACCUGGCGGGGUACACGGCACUGCACUACGCCAGCCGGAACGGGCACCUCGGCGUGUGCCGGCUGCUGCUGGAGCGCGGGGCCCCGUGCGAUGCCCGCACCCCCGGCGGUGCCACCCCGCUGCACCGCGCCUGCUACUGCGGGCACCGCGCCGUCACCGAGCUGCUGCUGGCACACGGAGCCGACCCCGCCGCCGCCGACGGCGACGGCAGAACCGGCCUGCACAAGGCCGCCGAGCAGGGGCACCGCGAGCUCUGCGCCCUCCUCCUGCGCCAGCGCCCGGCCCUCGCCGCCCUCCGCGAUGCCCGGGGCCGCAGCCCGCGGGACGGGGCGCACCCGGCCGUGUGGGACCUGCUGGACACCUGAGGGGACACGGAGGCGACAACCGGGCCCGGGCAUUGUCACAGCCCCGGUGCCCGUCCCGGUCCCGCCGCGGCUACUUCCGUGUUCCGCCAGCGUGCCCCGCCCACUACCCGUCACCGAAGCCAAUCACCUCCCGCCUUUCCCCUGCAGCCCCGCCUCUCCUCCCAUGUAGCCAAUCAGCAUUCGCGGUGCAUUUAGGGGCGGGGUUUCGCGGUACAAACAGCCCCCGCGGGUGGGGGCGAUUUAAAGGCGCCGCGUCCUCUUUAACCGGGCCCCUCCCCCGGUAACCGGGACCCCCCCCCGCGGCACCGAGCACACCCAGGUACAGAUAUAGAAUUUUUAUUAACCCAUCUGACAAAAAAAUAACCCCCCCAAAAAAAAAACCCUCCGUGAAACAAAAAUUCCACGGUCGGUUUCACAACCGGGGCGUGGGGGGAGGGGCAGAACCGGGAGGGGGAGGCCCGGCCCCCCCCGCCCCUCCCCCCAUCCCCCCGCGGCCCGAGCUCCCCAAAAAUACAAAUCAAAACCUGAACAAUAAAUAGGAAUUCCCCAGGGGGGAGGAAAAGGAGGGGUUUGCAUA